AUGCCGUACCUCCUCAUCAGCACGCAGAUCCGCAUGGAGGUUGGCCCCACCAUGGUGGGAGAUGAGCAUUCGGAUCCCAGCCUGAUGAGCUUCCUGGGGGCCACGAAGAGGAACAUGCUGGGCAACCACUUCUGGGAGUACUACGUGAACGAUGCACCGCGGAUAGUCUUGAACAAGCUGGAGAGCUGCGGUUACCGGGUGGUGAGCAUGACAGGCGUGGGCCAGACAUUGGUGUGGUGCCUCCACAAGGAAUAG